AUGAAGUGGAGAUGCUGGCUGCUGACAGUGGCUACAGUGCUGCUCCUCUGUGCAGCUAGAGCUGACAUGGAAGACCUCCAAGCUGAGAAUCUUAAUCUUCUUUCCAUAGAUGAACACCAUAAGGUUUUGAACCGCAGGAUGAAAGUGUUGCCCAGAGACUGCUAUGAAAUGCUCAUGGCAUCUUCAGGAACAGCCAGAGACGGGGUCUACCUGAUCAAACCACAUGACUCCCGAGUUGUGGCCUAUUGUGCCAUGCAAGACGGAGGCUGGACCGUGGUUCAGCACAUCACUGUCAACAGCAGUGUGGAUUUUGAUCGCACCUGGGAUGAGUACAAGAAUGGCUUUGGAGAUGUCACAGGAGAUCACUGGCUUGGGAACGAGUACCUCUAUGAGCUCACUCGAGGCCCUGUCCGCUAUAAACUGGGAGUGAAACUCGUAGACAGAGAUGCUGUCACCAAGACUGGAGAGUAUGAUCCCUUUCAAGUUGAGGAUGAAUCAACAGGCUACAGGUUGAGGCUGGGGUUAUUCCAGGGCACAGCUGUGGAUGCUCUGACCCUAGACACAGAAAAUUACCUUCACGACAACCAGAAGUUUACGACGAAAGAUAGAGACAAUGAUAACUAUUUCCAAAAUUGUGCCAAGCUGGAGUUUCAAGGUGUGCCGGGAGGGGGUUGGUGGUAUGAUGCUUGUGCAGGUGCUAAUUUGAAUCGCAGGAAUGUUAUUUACUGGCAAAAGGACUGCAACAAGGAGAAACUGUGCAAGUAUGCAUGGAUGAUGGUGAGACCUUCAGAAACAGUUAAAGUGAUUCACAAUGUACACUGCAAGAAUGAUGAGCUCUAAAGACAUUCAGUCUUUUCUACAAAUUUGAGUCUAUAAGUAACAACACAGAUAGUGACAAAUGUGCCUUUGUUGAUAAUAGGCACUGACAUGAAUAUUUAUUUUCACAUUUUAUUAAGAAAUACCUUUAACAACAACAAAAUACUGUAAGUAACCAGAAUAUUUUCACAAACUUGAUGCACAGUAAAAAACAAAAGGACAAAAAAAAAAAAAAAACUUCUGUACAGUGUAGGCUUAACAUUUUUCUCUAGUUCACAUCCUUAUGUAUUGUCAGAGCAGAGGAUAUCAGAAAUUUACAAAAUUGUAGAAAAUUUAUUGUGUAAGAUAAUAGCUUAUACUUUAAGAAAAUAAACUCAGUCAAAAAAAUAUCCCCACAGUAUGUUGCAGUUUGGCCAGAAAAGCAGGAAAUAUAGGAUUUAGCAGCAUUUUGAAUAAAAAAGUUGUUUUUUGAUUCCAGUGAAAAACCUAAUCUUGAGGAUGACAGCAAUAAAAGUUGGUAUUCCCCAACCUCCCUCCUACUGUAAACAUUGACAAUAAAAGCAAGUCAUUUA